UUACGCGUGUUAAAAGCUAAUGCACAAGUACGUCAUGAGUCCUUUACAGUUCACAUGCUAUAUCCAAUCUAUGACAAAAGCUAUCAAGAUGAUAAUUUGAAACCACAAUGCAAAAUAUCUUUAAGAAGUUAUGGAGGUUACCAGUGCUGCCAAGAACUAAGCAAUUCUUGUGGAAAUGUGUGAAGAAAAUUCUCCCUACAAAAGAUAAACUUCAUGGAAUAAUUCAAGAUGAGAACUACAGCUGCCCUUUCUGCACCCAUGAACCUGAAACUGGUAGCUUGUUAGAAGAUCGGAUAUGUGCCUGGUUUGAUAAACUUUUUGUCAGACAGUUGCAGGAACCUGACUUGUGCAAGAUAGCUAUCACAGCUUGGUGUAUUUGGAUCUCUAGAUGUGAUGCUGUUUUCAAAGGGACUUCACCUUCUGUGGAAAAUAUCAUCCAAAGAUGCAAAAGAGAAUUUGCCGUCUUAGAGUAUCAGCCUAUCAAAAAUCACAGAACUCUAGAACCUCAAAAUAGAAUAAAUCUGCACUGGCAACCACCUGUGUUAGAUUACUUUAAGAUAAAUUCUGAUGGUUCCUUUAGUUCAACUAAUAACAAUGGAGGAAUUGGUCUAAUUUGCCGUGAUUUUGCAGGUGAGCAUCAUGGAUCCAAAUGCUUCUACUUAACUCAAGCCUCGAGUCCAGAACAAGCUGAAAGUAAAGCUCUAUGGGAGGCAAUGCAGUGGGCAGUGGAGAAAAAUCUGGAGAAAGUCAUCUUUGAGCUCGAGGCAAAGCUUGUGGUGGAUGCUGUCUUGGGUGUUACUAUGAAUGUCGACUGGAGAUUACAUGAUUUAACUUUAGAUAUAAAAAACUUGUUAAGCUCUCAUUCUUUUUGGCAAUGCUGCUAUGUGCCAAAAGAGAAAAAUAAAGUUGCAUAUUCUCUUUCAAAAUUAGCUAGAACUCAAGGAAUUAGUGAUGUUUGGAUUAUCGCUCCUCCGGUUGAAAUCAUUGAUCAACUGAACAAGGAUGCACACAACGUAACUGCCAUUUAUUCCUCAAUAAAAUUUCCAGUUUCAAAAAAAAAAGAUGAUAAUUGA